CUUUUUCUGCGCCAGUUACCUACCCAGGUGAGGACAGCUUCUGCUAACACUGCUAUCACUGACUGUAGAGAGCUUGCUGCGGAGGCUGAUGAAUUUUUCCUGGCCAGCCAGCAACACUGUGCAGCGGCUCUCCUCCCCGUGACUGCCACUGGUGCCUCCGAGGAUUACGCACUCAUCGCGGCAGCUGUCCUUCUCCCACGGCCGGCUACUGGUUUAUGUUUUUACCACGCCAAGUUUGGACCGAAGGCUAAGAAGUGCCACUCCCCGUGCUCGUUCGGCGGGCCGGGAAACGCCGUGGCCGGCGCUCAUUAGUGGCCAUGAGCGUCGGUAACGGCGGGCUGCUUUUCAUCUGGGACUCUAUCUCUGGACGGCAUUUCCUCUGCGACACUGGGGCACAGUGCAGCAUUUUGCCCGCAUCGCAGAUCAACAUGGUAGCUGACAGCCACAGCCCUCCUUUGGCAGCUGCUAAUGGGAGCCCCAUUCGCACCUACGGCAUGAGGUUCGUGGAACUCUGCUUCAGUGGGCAGCGCUUUAGUUGGAACUUUGUUACAGCGCGGGUCAAUGUACCUCUUUUGGGGGCGGAUUUUUUGUGCGCUCAUGGACUUUUAGUGGACGAGAAAAAUCAACAUUUAAUAGACGCUGCCACUUUUUGUUCUUACACGUGCACACUCGGCCCGGCAGACGUCAUCCGCCUCUCCAGCAUACUCCCCCUCACAGACGCUUUUCACCGCCUGCUCGCUGAAUUCCCUGCAUUCACACAGCCCACCUUCACUUCAGCGACUGCCAGGCAUGGGGUGGAACACCACAUCGCCACCACAGGCCCACCGGUCUACGCCCGCGCCCGACACCUGGACCCGGCCAAGCUGGCUGUGGCCAAGACGGAGUUCGACAACAUGGAGCGCCAGGGGAUUGUCCGCCGCUCUAACAGCCCUUGGGCCUCUCCUCUCCACAUGGUCCCUAAACCCGGUGGCGGCUGCCGCCCUUGUGGAGACUAUCGACGUCUCAACAACGCUAUAACGCCCGACCACUACCCUGUGCCGCACAUCCAGGAAUUCUCAGCGCACCUAGCUCCAAGCAGUGAGCACACCAAGGCCCCUUUGGAACACUUUCACGUGCCUGAGCGACGUAUCGACCAUGUUAACGUCGACCUGGUUGGCCCCCUGCCCCCUUCUCGGGGGUACACUCACCUGUUAACUAUGGUCGACCGCACCACACGUUGGGCGGAGGUCGCCCCGCUGUCGUCCAUUACAUCAGUCGACGUGGCGCGGGCCUUUAUCGGCACCUGGAUAUCCCGUUUUGGCGCCCCUGCGGAUAUUUCCUCGGAUCGCGGCUUGCAGUUCACUUCUGAGCUUUGGACUGCAGUGGCAGACAGCUUCGGGAUGAAGUUGCACCGCACCACAGCGUAUCACCCACAGUGCAACAGCCUUUGCGAACGUUUCCACCGGUCGAUGAAGGCUGCUCUUCGUGCCACCUUGAAGGAUGGCAACUGGAUUGACAGACUCCUGUGGGUCAUGCUGGGCAUCAGGACGACCAAAGAGGAUCUCCACUCUUCCUCUGCGGAGCUGGUUUAUGGCCAGCCUCUGCGGGUGCCUGGAGAUUUUGUGCCGACUGCUUCUACUCCUUGGUCGGCCAUGGCGCAACGCUCCACCCUCUUGGACAAUGCCAGACUUUUUGCCCCUCUGCCCACUUCCUGCCACGGUGUUCCAGGUUCUCACGUGCCCAAGGACCUCCUGUCAGCUAGUUAUGUGUUCAUUCGCGCAGGUUCUCACGUGCCCAAGGACCUCCUGUCAGCUAGGUAUGUGCUCAUUCGCGUUGAUGGGCACAGAGGGCCCUUGCGCCCUCCUUAUGAGGGCCCCUUCCGCCAUUGA